AUGGAUCAAAAUGUGGAGUUUGUAAAUCUGGAGGCCAAGCGGAAGAAUCUGCUUCAGAAAACGGUCAAUAAUUACAAACGACCGUUCCGCACGAAGAAUGUGUUCUUCAAAUCUCUUGUUGGGUUCUGCCCCUCCAUUCAAUGGCUGCCCAAUUACAAUUUGCAGAAAUUGUAUCAAGAUUUAGCCGGAGGGCUGACCGUUGGGAUCAUGAAUAUCCCGCAGGGAAUUGCGUAUGCGAUUUUGGCGGAAAUCCCACCCGUAAAUGGGCUGUAUACGGUGUUGUUGGCUUGCUUGAUCUUCCCGUUUCUGUCGUCUUGGCCGCAUGGAAGCUUAGGUAAGAGAACUGAGGGGUUGGAAGCGACUGAACGGGGGUGAAAUCACUCUAUUUUUAGGCCCAUUUGCCGUGGUUGAGUUGAUGUGUGGAGCACUUGUCCGUCGACUAAUGGCCGACGACACACUCGACUUUGAGACAACUCCUACCGAAAUUAUUUCCACGCUCACAUUUUUGACCGGCCUGUUUCAUGUGAGCUUUGUGGAUCCUCGUUUUUUGAUCAAACUUAAAGUUUAGAUAUUUCUGGCAUCGCUACGGGUCACCUUUAUCACGGAGUAUUUCUCAGGCGCAUUGGUCGGCGGAUUUGUGACUGGCGCAGCCAUUCAUGUGCUCAUCUCUCAAUUUGAUUCUUUUUUGGGAAUUAUGAAAAUUCGGAGCUCGGGUCUUCUGUAUUUGUUCAAGGUAGGAUAUCCGGCCAAAAAAAGUGGUUUUCUGUACAUGUUUCUCGCUGUUCCGCAGUUAUAUUAUACAGUGGGGGGACCUGGUCUAGUGGCAAAAAAUGUACCAUUUUGCGUCCGCGAAAUAUCAAAAAUGUGGCAAAAUGCUUCACUCUCCAAAUGAAAAAUCUUCGUUUUGAAGGGCGCCUCACAAAAAAAGCGGACGCGCUUUUGAAGUCUGAGCUUUUCGCUUGGAGAUGGAGGUAGUUUGACACAUUUUUUGAUGCUUCCUGGAUGCAAAAUGGUACGUCUUUUGCCGCUGGGUCAGGUCCUCCACUGUACAUGUUCCUUGAUGUUCCGCAGUUAAUGUUUUAGUUGACAAAUUAAAGCUUUUCUUCUUGUAUAAAAACAAGUAAGUUUCAACAAUUUCUACUUUUUUUCAGAACGUGAUCGCCAUUUGCAGCCAAAUUCCGAACACCAACCUGAUGACCCUCGGGAUUGGCGUUGUUUCAGUCGCGUUUCUGCUCAUUGGCAAAAUGAUAGUCACUCCGGCGUUGAACGCAAGCCUCAAGAAGAAGUUGACAAUUCCUUAUGAACUCAUUUUGGUGAGAAUUUCAUUUCAUUUCCCAAAAUCAAGCAUCAAAAAUUUAGUGUAUUGUGGCCACAAUUAUCAGCUACUUCUUUGAUUUUAAUGGCCGCUUUAACGUCAAGAUUGUCGGCGAUAUUCCACAAGGAAUUCCAAUGCCCGCAAUGCCGAAUGCCGCGCUAUUGCAAUACAUUUGGACGGACGCUUUAGCUAUUACCGUCGUCAUGGUGGCGGUUCAUCUUUCGAUCGCCACUGUAAUGUGCCAGAAGAAGGGUUAUGUCGUGGACGACAACCAAGAGAUUUACGCGGUUGGAGCGACGUUGGCAGUCAGCGGGCUUUUCCCCACUUUUCCGGCAGCCAAUGGGCUUGGUCGACCGUUGAUUUUAUCAGAGUGCGGAGCUGUUACUCAGGUAAAAAAGGAGGCGUAUCUGUUGUUGAAGACGGGCAUAAUUAAAGCUUAUUUAAACAGUACAGUGAGGGACCUGAUCCAGUGGCAAAAAACGUACCAUUUUGCAUCCGGGAAGCAUUAAAAAUGUGGCAAAAUGCUUCCCUCUCCAAGUGAAAAAACUUCGUUUUGAAGGGCGCGCCCUUUUCCUCACAAAAAGAGCGGGCGCGCUUUUGAAAUCUGAGAUUUUUUUCACUUGGACAGGGAAGCAUUUUGCCACAUUUUUGAUACUUCCCGAAUGCAAAACGGCACGUUUUUUGCCACUGAAUCAGGUCCCCUACUGUACUAAUUGGUUAGUUUUCAGAUGGCAAAUUUAAUAGCAUUUGCCUUCACAUUCGUCGUGGUCAUGUUCUUCGCCUCUUUCUUCUACUGUUUGCCAAUGGUGAGUGCAAUUAGCCGUAUUAGGAAGCUCUAUAAUUGUGUGCUUUUCAGACCGUCCUUGCCGCAAUCAUCUUAGUGGCACUUCGAAAUAUUCUGAAAGGGUUCAAAGAGCUCCCAAGCUUCUAUCGAAUCUCUAGAUACGACUUUGUAAGCAACAAUAUCUCGACUUUUCAAAUUUUUGACCGUUUUCAGGUCCUCUGGUGUGUUGCAUUUGGAGCUACCGUGCUCACCGACGUUAUUGGUGGCUUAAUAAUCUCCUUAUGCUUCCAACUUCUCAUAGUAACUUGGCGAACGCAAUGGCCAAAAUGGGAAGCCUGCUAUUCGAAGCGAAAGCACAAGAUGGACAUGUGUAUUUAUCGGUUUGAAGCGAUGCUAAUCUUCUCAAACGCAAGAUUGUUCAAGAAGACUGUGGAAGAAACGUUGCGAAAAUGGAAUGCCCAAGGGCUUGGACCGGUAUGCUGAUCGGAACGAACGGAAAUUGUCUUGUGUUGCAGGUCCCCAGAGUCUUCAUUUUUGACUUUUCUGGAGUCACCCAUAUCGACACGGCUGGGCUGAAAGCUCUUCAGGAAAUGGUGGAGGCUAUUAAGAGAGCAGCGGCUAGCGUGAAUUUUGUUGAAGCGACCGGUAGGGUUGAAAAUUUCAAAUUUCUCGGGCUAGAAGUCUCUCUUAACUCAUGUCAGAACUUUCUCUUCAGAACAAGUUCAGCGCCAAAUUCAACUAACACAUCCAAUCCUGGAGGAGUGCGGCUUCUACGACAGCGCUGAGGAACUCAUCUUUGACUCAAGUUGUAAGCCCAACGAGCAGCCGAUAACCAUUUUAUCCACAAAUCCGUUCGAUUUCCAGUUGCACGAAUCGAGAAUUUAAUAAAUAAAUUAAAAAUGAUGACUUUUUGAAUAUCAUUACUCAAAAGUCUCGAGCUCAGCCUAUGGCGACAACUACAAUGUCCAGCCUCUCUCCUCGGCCCAAUUGUUUUUGGGCCGCUCCUUUUUUACCGGCCCUAUAACGAAAGGCAAACCGCGCAUUAAUUCCGAACAGGGGUUGUCAUGGAAAUUGAUUUGGCAAUAUGAAAAAAGUUUGAAAAGCCCUCAAGGCGACUUUAACUUUUGUAGGGAGAAAACGUUUCGCCGGGCGUGGGGAGAAUGUUUUAUUAAACUGGCAGUAUGAGUGGUUGAUAGUUUAUAGACUAAAACAAAGGGAACUUGAUGGCUUUGUUUUUCGAGUAGGCAAGUAUUCUGUCUAUCACCUAUGGUGCAUUUAAGUCAACAAAGGGUCUACAUAUGGUGUUUCUUUUUUUUGUCCGGAAACAAUAUUUUUUGUAUAGGUUUAUAUUUAUAUGAGAGCAAUUUUAUAGGGCGCUACGACUGCUAGGAGAAGCACCCCGAUUGAUCGGGUGCUAAGAUAGCUUAUCACCUAUUUUGAGGCAUUUUAUAUGUAAUCACAUCAAUAAUAUAUAGGUAAAAGUUACGGAUCUUCGUCUUUUGCCGCAAACUUUGGUCGUUUAUAUGUUGCAAUAACUCAGGGUAGAGAAACCUAACAUUAGUGAUAACUCAAAUUAGAAAAAGUGGACAUAUUGCGAGCCCUUGCCGAGUCUUCGCCAAACAUCCGCAACGGCUUUGCCAGGCCUCUAGGCACUUUCUACAACCUUUUUUCGGGUAUCCACCUACCCUAUGCCCCUAUUGAUCAAUUUUGUAUUGACCCGAACUUCCGUCGACCGAAAGGGGAGGCGUUUUAUGUAAUAGUACUCGAGACAAAAAGUCAGCGGAACAUUUCCGCCGACGUCACGGCAAGGCAAGUUUGAAAGAUGUCUCGCAAGAAAGUGCACGUCGCUUGGCGGUAAGUCGCAGCGACGAAAGCAAUAGAUCAGAGAAGAACAAAUGCAAAUUCUACUGACUUUAUGCCUCGAGUAGCACCGUAAUAGUCCCCAAGGACGUCAAGCACUUUUGCCUUGAAAUUGCGCUGAUGUUUGUGUGGCGCUAGCUAUGCAGAACAGAGAAUUAUGCCAUAUAAAACCACAACCCUCUUAAUGAUUCCGUUGUAAUUUCCAAUUCAUUUCUUUUCGACUUCUCCACUCGCAAUUGACUAUGCAUAUAAGGAAGUAACACCUUCCAUUACCCAUACUUCAGAAUAAGUUGGGUUUUAAUGCAAUCUAGCCGGUCCGUUAAUUCAGUUUUCCGCGGCGUUUUCUAAAUCUUAUUGGUCUUUACGGUUUCCAAGUGCGUUUUUAAUGCCAUUUUCGUAGGUUUAAAGGUUAGCCCGGUCGUUACACUUUCUCGGAGUGGCAAAAAAUGUCACGGAGGUGUUUGUUGAUUACACAAGGUUCUUCUUUCAAAACUUUUUUUCAAUUUUGAAGAAACUGCCUGAAAUGUAGAGGUUUAUUGUUUUUUUUGCAUAAUAAAUAACUGGUGUGUAUUACCACAUAAAUGGUGUACUCCGUUAAACGUGGAGCAGCUGGAAAUUUGCAGUACAUUGACCAUUUCCUUAGACAUAAUAGAAAAUAACCAGUUUUUGUGAGAUUUUUCGGGCGGUUUCUAGAGAAUUUGCGAUUGCCAGAAACAGCGAUAUUGAAAUUUCUUUUCUUCCCAAAAAUGGCUCAAGAUGACGUGAAAGUCAAAUACCAGCCAGUGCUUAUGCCCGCAGGCAGCAACUUUAUACAGUGAGGUACCUGAUCCAGUGGCAAAAAGCGAACCAUUUUGCAUCCGGGAAGCAACAAAAAUGUGGCAAAAUGCUUCCCUCUCGAAGUGAAAAAACUUCGUUUUGAAGGGCGGCCCUUUCCCUCACAAAAAGAGCGGGCUGGCUUUUGAAAUCGGAGUUUUUUCACUUGGAGAGGGAAGCAUUUUGCCACAUUUUUGAUAUUUCGCGGAUGCAAAAUGGGACAUUUUUUGCCACUGGAUCAGGUCCCCCCACCGUAUAUUCAAGUUAUAUAUUUUACUAGGCCAUCCCUUAUUUUUCAAUACCUAACCAUGCCUUUCACGUGACGCUCCAAAACUCGUUUUGUCGUCUUUUUUAUGGCACGUAUUGUCUGCCGCCGCUACCGUUUUUGCUCGCUUUCAUUACAACUCAAUUAGCACGUUUACACCUGCCUCCUUUUCCCAUAUUUUUAUUCAAAAUUAUUUGAUUGGACCACAUUUUAUUCUCUCAGAAAAAGGUAAACAGAAUUUCGUUUUGAUACGGAAACACUACGUAGUAAAUGCUCAAAAUUUCUAGCUUAUGUUCGUCAGACAACUGCCAUUUUUUAAUCAGUUUUUAGUAUGAAAAAAUUGAUAUAUUGGAUUGUAGCUGUCUAUAAUAAGAUUCCCCAUUCACACAGUUGUAUGUACUUGGCGGAUAUUCAUUUCUCAAAAGUUUUCGUAUUUGUCCUAGUUUGGUAACAAGGGUCGCGUGAUACGAAUACAAAAAAUAAUAUUUUUUCGUGUCACCCAAGGUCAAAAACUGUUUAGACAACGGUCCUUAGGGGUUUAGAAAUGUUGAAAGAGUGUGCCUCAAUAGCGCAGUGGCAGCGCGUCAGUCUCAUAAUCUGAAGGCCGUGAGUUCGAUCCUCACUUGGGGCAGAAUUUUUUUUAUGUUUUCGGAAAACCUAUUGUGUACGUAAUUGCUAUUUACGUUUUCGGCGUACUUUGUAGGCUCCGUGGCAGUGAAGCUUCGUAUUUUUCUUGGUUCCACUUUACCUCUUCCUACAUUUUUUUUGUUUUUGUAUGUCUCGCUUUUCCAAACGUCUCAGAUGACCUUUUGAGGUAUUUCUGGAGCGUUGUGAGUAAAGUGCAUUCAUUUCGUAAUCACUGCGGUUAUUCGUAAUUUGCACGACACUGGAUUUCUUGGAGCGCCUCAAGAGUCUAUACAUAGUGCAACUGCUAUCUCUAAAGAAUUAUAAAAGAAUAUAUGUCCGAGUUUUUUUAUUAUCAUGCCCAUUUUAUUAUUUUUUUCGAAAAAAACACAAGUUUUUCAUUUUUUUUUCAAAUCUGUGUUUCAACGCGAAAACAAUCCUUGUUUUGACUUAAUAAUAAAGGCCCUCGGUCGGCACCACCUUUUCCGCAUCAACCAUUUCCGGAAAGUUACCGCUAAUAUCACAUAAAUUCCCGGUUUAUCCGCGAAUUAUAAAAAUACGUACGAAACAUAUUUUCAUAUUUUCAACGCUCUGCAAACUUGUCGAAAUUCAGGUUGUUUCUUGUGUGAACACGGAAGGUGUAGGUGUUCGUGGGAGAACGAAAACACAUUGUGUGGGAAAUGGACUUUGCUGUAACUUUUCGAAAAAUGUUAAUUGAGUGUGGGGGGAUUGAGAAAUAACCUUAUAGAGUUAAGUUAAUAAGACUUCGGAAAAACAAAUUUUCAAGAGAAUUUCUAAUUGAAAUUGUUGAUUUUUCAGUCGUUAUGGCUUUUCCGUACUAGCUGUUUAUACUAAGUUUCAAAUAAAUUUUUUUUUUAAAUUAAAAAUGCUAAAAUACGAUUGAUUAGAUCAAAUUUAAAGCCGCAAUUUUUGCUCACAAAGUUAAUAAAACCUGACUUAUGAGAGUAUGAGGUGUCCUUAAAACCAUUGACACCAUUAAGCGGCCCAUUCCACAACCCACGAAAACAUUAAUUUUUUACCUUGCAUUAAGUCCACUUCUAACAAACAAAUCGAAAACUUCUUGCCAAAGGGCUUGAUGUUUGUUAAUCUGACGUAACUUUUCGCUUCCAAUAAAUACAAGGUAAUGAGUUGUGUGAAACGAAAGCUUGAGCAGGACUACAUCCACGGGUGUAAACGGAAGCGGAAUUUGAUGCCCCCCGUCCGACUUUUUUACCAUUGGCCAAUUAUUUCGAGAUUUUUGACGUUUAACUUCCCCAUCUGGGGAUUCCGGAUGCUUACAUAAGAAAUUGCGCAAUAGAGGUGAGUAUAAUUAUUUGUAGGAUAAGCCGGGACAUUUUGAAGGGCUGAAGUGCUCUUGAAAUGUAAUUGAGGCGAAAUUUCUCUGAAUUUCGGUAGAUUUUCUUAUUUUUUUUUUAUUUUUUAAGCCUACUGAUUGCAGAACAAUUAUCGGAUAGUCAUCAUAACAAGUAGUUAUAUAUGGCUUACAGUAAGUAUUAGGGGUGUGUUGCUUGGGGUCUAUGUUGAAGUGUGUUUUUUUAGUUAUUAAUUUUGGGAGGGAUUUCCGGUUAUGGUCCGUUUUUUGGCUAGUUAUAUACCUUUUGCUGACAUUGAGUUCAGUCCAAAAUCAAGACGCUAUUCAAAUUGAAGUAACAAAAAAAAACAGAUUUUCUCGUAAGCUCACAAAUCAAGCACGCAAAGAAACGUUGUUUAUAGAGACGUUGUACAUACGCCAACCUUCAAAAGAAGUUUUGAAUUCAUGAAAACUUUUGGCGCCAAAACUUAGGGCUUUCUGCACACCCCAAGCUAAUAAUGUUACAUCUUUCUUAACAAAAUUCGGCCCGAACACAUAUAGACCAACUUCAAAUCACAACCCAUACGAUCCCUUCUUUUGAAUAUAUGCUAGAAAUAAUUACCCGUAAUUACCACAUUUUUCUUGCAAACUAAUUACCGUCAUCUUAAAAAUUUCGCUUUUUUCCUGAAAAUAAAGUUAUUUUCGGCAUCUUCUCUUCGCCUAUUAUUCUAUUUACCAUCCAAUUUGAAUACAUACUAUAAUUUUAUAUUACACUUAAGACAUUUUCUUUUCUCUUCAAACCCCAUGUUUUCCCGCUUUCACGUGACUUUACUUUCAUCUACGUUUGACGUACAAUGUCAAUUGCGCCUUUUUAUGCCCUCAGAAUACGCGCAUCUUUCCGAUUUGUUGAUUCUAAUGCACUUUCCCGACACUUGUAAAAAAUGCUUUUAAUUAUAACGUCUGAAUGUCAUAACGAAUGGUUCCAAUAUAAAUUGAAGUCCGUUGCGUGCUACGGUUGAUAUGCCACCGUAGAAUUAAAUUUUCUUUUUUUGAUCCCUCGAGGAAUUAAUUUCUUUCUUUGACGGUAGAAAUUACAUAUUAGCACUAAUAAGAAAAUAUAUUGGAGGAUCACAUAAUAAUUGGUAUAAAAUUUAUUUAUUUCCAAUCGCAAUUCACACUUUUCUCUAGGCAUACUUCUCCUUUCAUUAACCAAAAACUAAAAAGUUACUGCCCCAAGUGAGGAUCGAACUCACGGCCUUCAGAUUAUGAGACUGACGCGCUGCCACUGCGCUAUUGAGGCACGUCUCGCACCCGUUUUAUUUUCCCUCAAACGGUGGCGUACUUUGCAAGGAAAUAAAAGUUCCUAGUAGUGAAGAUAUACUAGAAAACACUAGGACUAAGGAUAGUCGUUUUGUGUAUAAAAUCGCUGUGUAAAUGAUGAAAUUAAAGAUCUCUCAUUUCGAAGCCAGAAAAACCCACUUUUGUACUUUCCCUACCCUAUUCCCUCCACUAAACAUUUCGAUGCAUCUGACUUUCACCUACUACAAAAGCUGUUGUCUGAUUUCCCAUUCAAAUUCCAACUGUUUUUGCCGAAAACUCAAACUUUGUCUGCGAAUUCCCUUAGCAUCUCAUUAGGAUAGAUUCUAAACAUCCUAUUCGUAAUAACACUCAAGUAGGUUUCACAAUCAUGUUUUUCGUUCGGAUUGUUCCGGAGAAAUGAUUAUAGUCGCCGGGUCGUGAAGUCACUUGCCCAAGUCGGCAAAUAUUUGCAAUGCGGUGGAGUAAGUGUGGCAUUCGACCUCAAUAAGAGAGUUUUGAGACUUCUGGGAAUUGUCUGAAGGACUCUGCUCGCCUUUUUGCACUUUUCUUUCCGUCAUACCCUGGCUUACCGUAUUUAGAACUAUUAUAAAAAAAUCGAAACCUAAUAAAAAUUUUAAAAAGUUACUGCCCCAAGUGAGGAUCGAACUCACGGCCUUCAGAUUAUGAGACUGGCGCGCUGCCACUGCGCUAUUGAGGCACACUCCACCUUUCUCUUCUUUUUCCUUGGGCCGCUGACUUUUUCUCAAGAAGGGGAUUUCCGCAGGAAAAGAGAGUAAAUUUAAUGUAAACCGUAACUUUUUCACGAAAGUAAACCUCGCUUUCCUUUGCUAAAAAUCUUGCUAAUUGUUUUUCCAACCCUUUUUCACCUUCAUAUUUCGACUUUUGCGUAAAAAUGCACGUUUCCUGCCUUAUACUACCACAUCAUCUAUGAUAUUAACCUUUCGUACGUUCGAAAUGAUAUCAUUUACACUGACCCAGUAAUUUAAACCAAAAAUUACUUUUGGUGUUUGGUGAAACGCCUAAUUUUCGACAAUACAAGAAUUAUCGCUUAUAAUGAACACCCUGGAGAGUAAUAAUACGCCCAGAGUCCAGGGUAUAAAGGGGACACAGACUCAUUUGCAGUGUUUCUUGGUUUCCAGUCAAAUCCGGAAAGCUAUUGAGGGAAUUGUAGUGGGUGGGAUGUCAGCAGUACCUUUUUGUACCACAAAUUGUCAUAUUAUCUUGUUUUCGUGCAGUUAAUCACAAGUUUCUGACAUUUUUGUCCAAAAAAUUAAACUGUUUUUGGUUGGGAGACCUGAUCCAGUGUAUCAAAAAAUGUGGCAAAAUACCUCCCUCUCCAAGUGAAAAAAAACUCUGAUUUCAAAAGCGCGCCCACUCUUUUUGCGAGGAAAAAAACGCGCGCCCUUCAAAACGAUGUUUUUCACUUGGAAAGUGAAGCAUUUUGCCACAUUUUGAUACUUCCUGGAUGCAAAAUGGCACGUUUUUUGCCACUGGAUCAGGUCCCCCACUGUAUAUCGGCAAGAUUUGGUGCCAAACUGCGCGAACCCCUUCUAUUUCCGCUUUUCAUUACCUUAUUCUCAGAGACUCCCCCAAAAAUCCCACUGGCUGAUCGAUUGAGGUCCCCAAAACCUCGCACGGCUGGCCGAAAGAUGGGCGCGGCAUUAUGUAAGCGGGACAAGGUUGUGGAUGAAACCGCCGAAAUAACGAAUAAGACGAUCGAAAAGGAGUUACGAAAUGACAGGAUACAGGAAAGGAAGACAAUCAAGGUGCUAUUGCUUGGUAAGAAAAAGGGAUUUUUUGAAUCUAUCAGUCUGUCGGAAAAAUAACGGCGGAUCGUCGCAUCAAAAUGUCUCGCCUCGCCGCUGUCGCGCACCAAAUCCCAAGCCGCGGCUUGCAGUCGCAAAGCGAUGAUGAGCGACUCCGAGGCGCGACGAUCCGCCGUUUUUUUCCCGACAGACCGAUAAUAAGCUGUAAAAUGCGAAAAAAAUAAAAGUAUUUUUUAUGUACAGCUUUGUGCGACACAUUCAUAAUUUACUUCAAAACCUCAUAAUUUUUUUGCUUUUUGGGUCCUACCACGAAAUCCCUGAGGAUCAAGGGGAAUAGCUGAAAAGGCUAUAAAAUUACAAAUAUCGACGGUAAAAAGCUUGCAGAUUAUUUUUACAGUCUUUUCUGACAUUUUUCCCCUUCUAAAUCCCAAAAAAUCCCCUUCUAUACUACACCAAAUCUUAUUCUAAAUUUCAGGCUCUGCUGACUCUGGAAAAUCCACAAUUGCCAAACAAAUGCGAAUAUUGCACGCGCAAGGCUUCAACGAGUCCGAACUCAUCAAUUACCGGUAUAUGAUCUUCACCAACAUGGUCGUGGCAUAUCAUCAUAUGUGUCGCGGCUGUCAAGCGCUAAAUGUCCCAGUAAAUGAGGAGGAAACAGUGAGUUAACAACCACUUCGACUUCAUUCUUCCGUUUUUUAGACCAUCUUCGAUCAAUUCCUCAACAAACAUUUAAAAAUCUUGGAUAUGAUCGACGAUGACAUCAUUGUUGCCUUGGGCAAAAUGAGAAGCUCAAUGUUUACGAAGGAAGGUCUCAAACACAUCGACAAGUUCUACAUGCCCGAUAACUCUACAUAGUAAGUUGGGAGCGAAUAUUUUUCAUCGUAUUUCAGCCUCUUCGCGAAUGCACAUCGAAUCUUGGGAGCGAAUUAUCACCCCACAGAAAUCGACAUCAUUCAUGCUCGAGCCUCAACCACCGGUGUCUACGAGAUCGGGUUCCAAUUCAGAAGCUUCUAUAUUAGGUAAAAUACAAUUUAAAAUAAAAAAUACAGGUAAAUUCAUACCAUUUCAGGUUAAUCGACGUUGGUGGACAAAAAACCGAGCGACGGAAAUGGAUCCACUGUUUUGAAAACGUAACAGCGGUACUUUUUGUAACCGCGCUGUCCUGCUACGACCAAUUUUUGGAAGAAGAACCUACGAAGGUCAGUUUUAGCGGAAAAAAUAGGAUUUUUAUAUUGAGCUGAUGACCAAUAAGGCAUAAAAGAUCGGUCGGAUGUACAGUGGGGGGCCUGAUCCAGUCGCAAAAAAAGUAUCAUUUUGCAUCCGGGAAGUAUCAAAAACAUGGCAAAACGCCUCCCUCUCCGAGUGGAAAAAACUCCAAUUUCAAAAGCGCGCCCGCUCUUUAGGGCAUGCCCUUCAAAACGAAGUUUUUCCACUUGGAGAAGGAAGCAUUUUGGAUACCUCCCGGAUGCAAAACGGUACGUUUUUUGCCACUAGAUCAGGUCCCCCACUGUAUUUUAAAUUCCAAAUAUUGUAUCUUCAAAUAUCUUCAAAACAAAUAUUUCGUAUUUCAGAACUCUCUGGAAGAUUCCGUGGAGCUGUUCAAUAGUAUGUAUAACAAUGAAUAUCUGCGAAAAUGCAACUUUAUCCUCUUCAUGAACAAAAAAGAUAUUCUGGAGAGGAAAGUGGAACACUCGCCAUUCAACAAGUACUUUCCCAAUUAUUCUGGGAAAAACAAGUAUGAAGAAAUCAGGGAUUACAUCAAGGAUCUGUUUGUUGAGGUAAGCGAGGAAGUUCUCGAACUAAUUUUGAGUCCCACCACGAAAGGCCUGAAAAUCAGGGAAUUGAUCCAAAACAGCUGAAACUGGUUCAGAAAACCCCCUCAAGUUAUACAUCAACUAAUUUCAGGCCGAAAUCGAUGACACAAGGCAUAUAUAUUUGCAUUUUACGAAUGCCACCGACCGAGGAAACAUCGAUUUUGUGUUUGGAGCGGCGUGUGACAUAAUCCUUCAAAACAAUCUGAACAAAGCGGGAAUGAACUGA